AAUCUUAUUACUUUAUUAUAUAAGAAGAUUAUCUCAUUAUAGGUGCUAACAAAUUAAAAUAUUUGCAUUAUACAAGUUGGAGUAGCGGUUUUUCUUGUAUUUUUUUUACACUGAGUCGAUCACCAUGAUGCUCGUUACAGUAUUCUUAACAGUGGUUGUAUCAAUUCUCACAAUCCUUGUCUCGACUUGUCAAACCGGUUAUGGUACCUUCGUACCGCCUAAAAUCCCUGGUUCGCGUGAUGUUUUCUCGUUGGCCAAAGUGGUUAACUUAGUCGGAACCUCCGGUCCAGAGAGUAUAGCUUUCGAUCCAGCAGGGGAAGGUCCAUAUGUUGGUGUCGCUGACGGUCGAGUAUUGAAAUGGCGCGGUAAAUUACUUGGAUGGACAGAUUUCGCUUACACAACGGCUAAUAGGCAGAUAUGUGUUCUCCCUUUUGCACCAGAGUUGGAGCAUGUGUGUGGGAGGCCAUUAGGAUUGCGGUUCCAUAAGAAAACCGGAGAUCUCUAUAUAGCGGAUGCUUACUUUGGCCUUCUUAUCGUUGGUCCUGCUGGUGGUUUAGCCAAACCUUUGGUUACAGAAGCUGAGGGACAACCGUUUCGUUUCACUAAUGAUUUGGACAUUGAUGAGCAAAAUGAUGUGGUUUACUUCACAGAUGCUAGUUCCAAAUUCCAGAGAUGGGAAUACUUCCGUUCUUUUUUGAAUGUUGAUAAAACUGGACGGUUUAUCAAGUAUGAUAGAUCAAGCAAGAAAGCUACGGUCUUAUUACAUGGCAUAUCAUUUGCAAAUGGCGUUGCACUAAGCAAAGACUGGUCUUUUGUAUUGGUAGCCGAAACAACAAAUUGCAAAAUCCUAAGGCUUUGGCUCUCCGGUCCAAAAGCAGGAACCCAAGAUGUGUUUGUUGUGCUUCCAGGUUACCCUGACAACAUCAGAAGAAACUCGAAAGGAGAAUUCUGGGUCGCUUUAAACUCGCUGAUCAAUGAAGAAAUACGUUACACUAAAGCCGUGAAGUUGAGUGAAUCAGGAAAAGUUUUGGAGGUACUUGGGGAUAAGGCAAAUAGAUUACAGUUUAUAAGUGAUGUGGAAGAGAAAGAUGGCAAGCUUUGGAUUGGUUCUAGUGUCGCACCAUUUGUUGGUGUUUAUGAUUUGUAGUUUUGUACGUUGCUCAGACCUAAUU